AUGAAACCUGAUGAAGAGCUGGAGGCCCAGCAAAUCCAUGACCAUUUGGCUCUGUAUCUUCAAGACUUGGACCACCCCAUGGGGACCGAACUUGCAAUGCCUAUCGAAGCUGCUGGAGAAACCUGGAGUGAAAAACUAAGUAACGUGUGUAGCGACAUCGAAGACCUGAACCCGAGGACCCUAUCGACGGCUGAGGUAUUGGAGACCUAUUAUAAAGUAGGAAGCUUGCUGUUUGAAAAGGGUUGGGGUGACGAAGCACGAAGGGAGCUAGCCGAGUGA